UCGCGACGCUGCACUUUGUGACGUCAAUCGGAAGCGCUAUGCGCGUUCGCGAGCGUAAAAGUCGUGUCCGACUUUCCAAUAUGUCCACGUAGGAUCCAGUUCCCGCGAUCAGGAAUUAUUCGAUAUGAUAACUUCGUAGCUGCGAGAAUCCUUUGACUAUUCGAGACCGAUGUGACCAUGGCCAGUCCACGGACACGACGAAUACUGGGUGAAAUAAGACCAAAAGACGAAAAUAACAAAUGCUUUGAAUGCGGUAGCCACAAUCCACAAUGGGUCUCUGUGACAUACGGCAUUUGGAUUUGCCUGGAGUGUUCUGGCAAGCAUCGCGGUUUAGGUGUACACCUGUCGUUUGUCCGUUCCAUCUCUAUGGACAAAUGGAAAGACUUGGAGCUGGAGAAGAUGAAAGUCGGUGGCAAUAGAAAUGCCCGUGCAUUUUUCGAGAGUCAACCCGACUGGGACGAAUCCAUGUCCAUCUCGCAGCGUUAUAAUACAAGGGCAGCGGCAUUAUACAGAGACAAGAUCGCUACUUUGGCAAGAGGAGAGCCUUGGAGUCCGAGCAGCUCAACGGCAAAAACUUUUCAACCAUCGACAUUUACCGAAAGCAGACAAGAGCACUCGUACCAGAGCGACUUGUCUUCAUCUUAUCAAAAUAUGGACUCAAAUAACCUGAGAACACAGACAGAAUUUUUCUUUGCGAAGAAGCAAAAUGAAAAUGCCAACCGUCCCGACAACAUUCCACCCAAUCAAGGUGGCAAAUACGGUGGUUUCGGUUAUCAAAUGGAUCCACCACCUAAGAGUUCAUCCCAGGAACUGUUCGAUACCGCAGUGUCUUCGUUAGCGAGUGGCUGGUCGAUAUUCUCCUCCUCGGCGUCCAAAAUAGCAAGCAAGGCUACCGAGAACGCCAUCAAAAUCGGAGGGAUCGCGUCGCAGAAAGUUCGCGACGGUACAUUGUUAGAAGAUGUCGGAGCGCAGGUCAAUCAUUUAUAUACGAAGGUGAGUGACAUCACGAGACGAGGUGGUUGGGGUGACAUUGCUGGGACCAAUUCAGCCGAACAACAAAGGCAAUACGACUCCAUGGACCGAUAUCAGUAUUCCUCUAAUACGUACCAAAACAGCGAUUCAAUUGUAUCGAAUCGUUCCGGCGAGAAAUCAUCUCUCGUGAGAAGCUCCAGCUCAAAAAGCAACCUAUCUGCUGGAAGCUCCUCUAAUUGCGAUUGGGAUUGGAGCAACGACACGAAGCAAACAAACAAAACGUCAGUCACGAAGAAGCAGCCAAAAGCGGAAAAGAAGGAGGAGUCAUUGAUCAGCUUCGACACGGACAAUAAAGCACAACAGAAUUGGAACACUAAAGCGGAAGAUGACGCAUGGGAGAUACUAAACAAUUAAUUACAAUGAGAAUUAGCACGAAUUAACGAAGAAGAGUACCAAUACAUGUUAAUUUUGACAAAUUAAAGAGAAAGAAUGGACGUUAUAUCCUUACA